CAGAGUCGCGCCAAAAACGUGGAUCUACAGGCCAGGCAUCUUAUGUUUAACCAGGUGUACAAGGUGCUGGCUUUCAAGGGCUCCUCCACACCUACAGACACACGCACACACCACCAGAUACAGGAAGAAUUAAUUGAUGAGCUACAGAACUACACCAUCGUUCAGGUGGCAGCCGGAGACCAGCACUCUCUUGCUCUCACCUCCUGGGGCCUGAUCUACGCACGGGGUGACAAUGGGUACGGUGAGCUUGGCGUCAACUCCUGCGACAGUCACACCGCCACACGCAAGCUUGUCAAGAGUCUGGCCAGGAAGGUGACAGUGCAGCUGGCCUGUGACGCCAACCACACCCUUGCCUUGACUGCUGAUGGUGACAAAAUACCUUCGGCCAGUUGGCACUUAGACACCGACAGGGGCCCCAGAAGGACCCUGCCCUGGUGACCUCCUUGGCUGGCACCCUCUUAGUCCUGCUGGCCGCUGCGGGUCACCACUCUGCUGCCGUGACCCAGGCCGGCUACCUGCUGUUGUGGGGGGUCAAACAAGCAGGGUCAACUGGGCUAUACUCCCAAGGGUGAUCCUCUUGUUAGAUCUUCGCAGGGGGGGGGACGUCAGCAUGGCCACCGUCAGCAGGGAGAGUGGGGGUGCUGAGGACUUGCAGCCCUCCCCUACCCCGACCAAAUGCCCUCUCUCUCACAAUUCAAGAACAUAUGAUUAAGAAACUUCUGUCAAUUGAGGAAGAAGACAUGAUUGAUGACGAUUUGUUUACGUACACAGAGACAGUGUUUGCCUCAGUGUGCGCUUGGAACAGCUCCCUCACGCUUGCUGGCUUGCACAAACACACACACGGGCUGGACUACCGUUUGGCUGAGGACUGUGUGGCUCAGAUUGGCCGGAUUGCAAGGGAGACCAUUCAGGAAGUGGCGAGUGCGUGCGUUUGUGUGCGUUUCACUGCAUUUUACUGAAGGUUUCCCAGGACAAAACAGGACAAACCGACCUGCUGGCAUUUCACACGCAGAAUCUCACAAGCGUCCACUGAUCCAUUACCGAGCUAAUCCAAACGUAUCCAAACGUCCACAGGUUCGUACUGGCAUUCAAAACGUGGCCAAGAGUCUUCCUUCGCAUCCCCCCAGCCAGGACGCCUUACGCUGUUAUGUCCUUCCCCUGUACAAGGACUUCACUAACCCUAAACAAACGGCCAAACUCCAAACGCCGUAUGCUGAGGGAGUGUUGAAGCUUGACAAGGAGAUGGCGGAGGUGUUCAGGACUUUCCACUAUGGCUGGUUACUGUGUACAAGAAUGUGGUGGUACAAAUACUGAAUUUUGCUCACCAAUCUAGCUCUGAGAGACCGGCGUGCCCUUGUGCCUCCCCUGCGGCUGUUGUCCCUGGUCCACGGUCUGAACUUCCAAGCCGGCUGCCGAGUGGGGCGGUUGAACUACGACGACUUUUACAUCCCAGAAAUUGCUAUUAGAAAAUUGAUAUUAGGAAUGAUUACUUGAACUGGAUGAACAGCAGGCUUCACCCGAUGUCCAGGAGGGAGAGUCCAAUCCUGUUCUGUGAGUAUCCAUUCUUGUUCGACCCUCAGGCCAAGACGCUGCUGCUCAGGUGUGACGCCACUCGGCAGGGCGAAUGUUUCCCAGACCACCCGGUCAUACGCACGUUCUGGGAAGUAUUUCACAAACUCUCCCUGGAGCAGAAGAAGUUGUUUUUGAAGUUCCUGACGGGCACUGACAGGGUUCCUAUUCUGGGCAUGAAGGCACUCAAGUUGAUGAUCCAAAGCACAGCAGACGACAGCUUCCUUCCGGUCGCACACACCUGCAUCGCCCAACUCGACCUGCCAAAAUACAACACCAAAGAGAAGCUGAAAUACAAACUUCUACAGGCCGUACAGCAGAGUGAAGGGUUCGGCCUGGUGUGAGGGUGUCAGGGGGUGUUGACGGGGUGUGAGGGGGUGUUGAAGGGUGUGAGGGGGUCAGGGGGAGGCUGUGUGAGUUGGAUAAGAGUGACCUUGUGUGUGGGAGGAAGUGCCUGUUAAGAAAAUAGAAUAUAUAGAAAUUAAUAGAAAAUAUAUGUAAUAGUUUACAGAAUUAUUAUUAUUAUUAUUAUUAUUAUUAUUAUUAUUAUUAUCAAAUUGAGUAUAUUUUUUAGUCUUGUUACAAAAAAAAAUGAGUGAAAUAAAGAAAAUGAAAAAGGUAACUUGUAUUAUUAUCACUAUAAAAAUGAGAGAGAGAAAGAGAGAGGAGGGUGGCCAACUUGCUGGACAUGAGAGGGAGGCUCUUGCUCUACAAGGGCCAGAUACGGCCUUAUUUAGAGUAUUCCGCCCUCUCCUGGAUGUCCUGUGCUGCCACACACAUCAGCAAGCUCCACGGUGUCAUCCGGUGGUGACUCGGUGGAAGUGCCGCGUUCCCGCUCCAGCCAACACCGGCCCACCUUUUGGGGGCGAGUCUCCAGACCGUGGAACGUCUUCGCGUCCUCCGUCCCUCACAUCAGGGGGAUGGAUACCCAGGACGUGAAGUUAACAGCACACCACUGGAGGGGCUCGUUCCCAACCCU